AGGGUCAGCGCGCGGAAGAGGAAACUGGAAACAAGCUAACUUAGCAAAGAUACAUUUAGCUAGCGAGAUCUACGAUUUAUUGUAAGCGACGUUAAUUGUUAUAUUAUACAAUUAAAUACAAGUUGUAGUAGGUGUUUUCUAGCGAUGUUUUGACAGCUGAAGUGCUAGGCAGCGAUAGAGAUGAAAGAAAUUUGAUUAAACUGGAAACGUACAACUUUUUCGGAAUUAAUUUUUCUUCAUAAGUGGCACUGAUUUUCCUUACCAUGCACCACAUCAAGAUAAAGACCGAAAGACCAGACAUGGAGGCGUCUGGAGCACGCUUUAAACUGGAUGCUGUGUUGCAAGGAUUGGUAGAAAAGUCGGAAACGGAAAUGGAACAAAAUGAAAGUGAAGCUGGAAAAACUGCAGAGACCUCAAACAAGGAUUCAUCUCCAUUGUCUGGCAAAAGACCACCUUCAAGGUUUCCACAACAUAGAAGAAAGAAACGGAAAGAAAUGGAUGAAAGCAUGCCAGACACCAAUCAAAACAAACAAAAUGCUUAUAUUAUCAAGUUGUUUGACCGCAGCGUUGAUUUGGCUCAGUUUAACAGCAACACACCUUUGUAUCCCAUUUGUCGUUCUUGGAUGCGAAAUAACCCAUCGUUUCGAGAACGGGCUGAUCCCACUCCUCUUUCCCCACACAGUGUUACAGAUGAAGAGCUUACUGACAAUGUUAAUGGUAAAGAGCAGGAUGUUCACAGAUUGCCUCCACCAACUCCCUGCCCUGUCAGCCCAUCUGGUGAACCAGUCAAUCUCAGGAUCCCACCAACUGACAAACCCGCAGUCAAAAAGCCUACCGAUAAAAUUCCUUCAUCUGGACCCCGUAUAUCUGACCAUAUGGUGCGCUGGAAAAAGAUUAGACAAAAGUGGAAGGAAUGCUCCAACAGGAAUCAGCUGCGAUACAGUGAGAGCAUAAAGAUCCUAAAGGAGAUGAAGGAGCUGUACGACCAUUGAGCAGAGAUGUUGUUGGUGCAGAUUUUACUCCCUAGUGUUUGUGCAAACUAAACCUUUCUAAGAUUCAGUCCACAGUUUUACAAAUGCAUUUUACUGUAUAGUUGGACCCAUCAUAUAUAUAUAUAUCUGACAGUGAUUGAAAAUCCUUGAACUUAAGUUAAGACAUUUGUUUUCUUGUUCAAUUUUUUAUGCAGUUCCCUUUUUUAAAAAUUAAUUAAAAAUAAAAGGUAUAGUUGUA